AAAGCGGGCCUUGGCGCGAUGUGGGAAUCCUUCUUCUUUCACGGUUCACAAACCCAGUAAGCCUAAAGAAAAAUGGCUGACAUGAAGAACUCAGAGCUCAUCUUCAUUCCCUCGCCAGGAAUUGGUCACUUGGUUUCGGCUCUUGAGUUCGCAAAGCGCAUAAUCGAUCAUGAUUCUCGCAUUUCCUUCACAGUCCUCUGCAUUAAGUUCCCAUUCACUCCCUUUUCAGAUUCAUAUAUCAAAUCAGUGUUGGCCUCCCAACCUCGAAUCCGGCUCGUUGAUCUUCCUGAAGUAGACCCACCUUCACCAGAGCUUCUGAAGUCUCCAGAAUACUUCAUCUAUGUCUUCAUGGAAAGCCUUAUACCCCACGUCAAAUCCACUAUACAGAACAUCUUACGUACGGCUGAUUCAAACCUAGUUGUUGGAUUGGUCCUUGAUUUCUUCUGUAUGUCCAUGGUUGAUGUGGGAAAGGAAUUGGGUCUUCCUUCUUAUUUGUUUCUGACUACAAAUGCAGGAUUUUUGGGUACUGUGCUUUCCCUUCAGAAACGCCAAAUAGAUGGUGAGUUCAGCGAUUCUGGUCCUGACUUGUUGAUUCCAGGUUUCUCCAAUCCAGUUCCUCCUAAGGUUUUCCCUAAUGCUCUUUUUAGUAAAGAUGGGGGAUACUUUGCUUAUUAUAAGCUAGCUCAGAAUUUCACAGAGACAAAGGGGAUUGUUGUAAAUAGCUUCUCAGAAUUGGAGCAGUAUGCCAUUGAUGAUAUACUUAAAGACGAGAAAGUCCCUCCAGUUUAUACUGUUGGUCCUGUGAUUGAGCUCAAGGGUCAACCUAACCCCAAUUUGGAUCAGGCUCAGCAUGAAAAGAUAAUGAAAUGGCUUGAUGAUCAACCACCUUCCUCCGUUGUGUUUCUUUGUUUUGGUAGCAUGGGAAGCUUAAGUCCAUCUCAAACAAGAGAGUUGGCAAAAGGACUUAAGAAUAGUGGGGUUAGAUUCUUGUGGGCUAUGCGUUCGCCACCAACUAAAGACAAUGCAGACAGAACCUUAACAGAAGGUUUCUUAGAAUCAACGCAUGACAAUGGAAUGAUAUGUGGGUGGGCACCACAGGUUGAGGUUCUAGCACACAAAUCCAUUGUUGGGUUUGUAUCUCAUUGCGGGUGGAACUCAAUAAUGGAGAGCUUGUGGUUUGGAGUACCAAUUUUGACAUGGCCUAUAUAUGCAGAACAACAGCUAAAUGCAUUCAGAAUGGUGAAGGAAUUCGGAUUAGCGGUCGAGAUGAGACUGGAUUACAGGAGUGAUGGUGAUCUUGUUCUGGCAGAUGAGAUAGAGAGAGGAAUAACACAGUUGAUGGAUAGAGAUAGCGAGGUGCAUAAGAAGGUCCAAGAGAUGAAAGAGAAGGCCAGGAAAGCUGUCUCAAGUGGUGGAUCAUCAUUCAUUUCUACAGGGAGGCUUAUUGAGGAUUUCAUUUGUAGAAAUAGCAGCUGAUGGACGCUCUUGGUUGUAUUUCACAGAUGAAAUUGCUGCUUUCUUGAUACAAGAGACACAAGCUUUCUUGAUAUAAAAGACACACCAGGCAUGAAACCAGCAGAAUCAUAUAUCAGAGACAGAGGUCAAGUUUCAAGAUUUUAGCAGUUUCUGGUUCCUCCAUGAUAUAGAUCCAGCUAAAGAACAGCUUGCUCAUAUCAUUAAGAAUCCGUAAAUGAGUUGCCUUUCAAAUUGGAAAGCGGCAUUAUAUGACUAUGCAAUUUGUACUUUGGAUUUUGUCUGUCUUGGUUUUGGUAGUCUUCUUAAGUAUCACGUGUUCAAGAGUUGCGGCAGCAUGUUAAUUUUUGUAUAUCAUUGUGAAGUAAUGAAAUAUAAUCCUUGUUUGUUAUUAGAUUGAACAAUUUUCUGAUA